AUGCUGAUGCUUGCAUUUGCCGCCCAGUCACCGCAGCCUCGCCUUACAGACGCGGUGCCAGUGUCCGUGCUGUGGUCUCCACCUCAUGCAGAGGCCCCGCUUGGAGCAGGGAAGACAGAGCAGCGCAUGCUGUUGGCCGGAAGCACAUGUGCAAUGGCUGUUGCUGCCCAGUGCCGAGAGAGAGCGAAGUGCAAGAGCCGCAAGGCUUUUAAAGUCGUCUGCCGGGACCAAGCACUUCCACAGAGCGACAGCGAUGUUGGUUUGUUCACCUCUGGGCGGGCCGUGGUCGACCAGCCCCCGAAGUCGAAAUCAGAUGUGCAGCCAGCUAUGCAGCAUCCAUCUGGCAAGAGGUUGAAGGUCAUCGUGUUGGGCAGCGGAUGGGGGGCAGCAUCGUUCCUGAACGCCUUGAGCCAGCAGGAGGCGCAAAUGUACGACAUCACAGUCGUGUCCAUGAGGAACUUCUUUCUGUACACGCCACUGCUGCCCACCUGCACGAUGGGAUCCAUCGAAGAACGUUCCAUCGUGACUCCUAUCCGUGAGAUGGCCUAUGGAAAAGCCGACUUUUUAGAGGCACGUUGUGAAGCCAUUGACCCAGAGAGCAAGAAGAUUCGAUGCAGCCGCGCAAUACGCUCCAAGGUGAGCUCCAGCUCCGACUACCACAGAUUCCCCGAGAAGCAGGCCGAGCAAAGGCACGUCUUUGAGCUGGACUACGACAUGCUGGUCUAUGCGGUGGGUGCCGAAACCGCCGACUUCAACAUCCCAGGCGUUCGACAGCACACAUUCUUCUUCAAGGAGCUCCGAGACGCAAGAAACGACCGAAAAGCUCUUCUUAACUUCAUCGUCAUUGGAGGUGGACCAACAGGUGUUGAGAUUGCUGCCGACCUCGCCGACUUCGUAGAAGAGGACUGCCGCCGCCUGUACCCGAAGCUGUGUGAUCAGGUGUCUAUCUCUUUGGUGAACAUGGAGGACCACCUGCUCUCCACUUACAGCCGCGAUAUUUCAAACAAGAGCUUGGAGAUCUUUGAGCAGAAGGGUGUGGAGGUUCUCAACGGCUGGAGGGUCACUGAGGUCACAGCCGACAAAGUGAAGAUGACAGACCGGCAUGCCAACCUGAAGGAGUUACCCCACGGCUGCGUGAUCUGGGCAGCCGGUGUGAAGCCCAACAAGCUCACUGGACAGGUCAAAGCUUCCCUGUGCGAAGUUCUGAAAGGACGACAAGAUGACAAGGCGAACUACGUCCAGAGCCGAGUGAGAGGCUUGGCCACUGAUGAGUGGCUUCACGUUUGGGGCAGCCUGGGCUCAAUUUUUGCGCUGGGCGAUGCCAGCUCAGUGCAACAAGACUGCGCUUGCCUUUAUGCAGAGGAGCUGUUCAAGGAGGCCGACGUGAACAAGGAGGGAAAGCUGUCUGUAGAAGCCUUGAGAGAUCUCCUGCGAGCGAACGCUACCCGCCACCCGCAAUUUGAGGCCUAUGCUGACUACUUGGAGGAGGCAGUCAGCGACGACUUGACGGACACCUUUGCAGAGAUGACGAAGAUGUUUGGGAAAAAGGUUUGGAAAGAGCAGGUGGCGUGGCAGCGCACUUACUCCUUGGGACAGCGGGUAACCGAGCGGAUCAAGAAGCGCAAUGCGCAGGAGAUUGAGCAGGAUCUUGAUGAGGCCGAGGUGUUGCAGAGAGACUACAUCACUUUGGAAGGAUUCAAAGACCUGUUGAAGAUCAUUCACAAGACGCUGGAGACGUUUCCCCCAACCGCACAGGUGGCAGCCCAGCAAGGGCAGUACUUGGCCAAGGCCCCUCGGUUUCGUCCAUGGAGUCUUCGUUUCAGGGUUUAUAGGGUUUAG